AUGGAGGCCUCGGCGCCCGGCCCGCCGCGUUUCACCGUCGCCGACCUCCUCCAGCUCCGCCGCCCCACCGCCGGCGCCUCCUCCCUCCUUUGCCCCUCCGUCCCCACCUCCAGCUCCACCUCCCGGCCCCGUAAAAAGCACAAGCUCUCCGCCCCAGCCCCAACCUGGAGCACCGGCACGGUCCUGUUCGCGCCGAUAUCCCACCCUGUGCUCCUCUCCGGCACGCUCUCCUCCCUCCGCGCGACCUCCCCGGCCUCCUGCCGCAGCAACUGCUUCUCCUUCUCCGACCCAUCCCCCACCGCUGCCUCCACCCCGGCCACCGCGGCCGCCUCCGUCUGCUGCUGCAUCCUCGACUUCGAUCCCACUGCGCUGGGACGCGAGAUCCUCGUCCUCGCGUGGAACUACCUACCCUCAGUGCGCCUCCACGCCGCCCCGGGCGUGCUCGAAGUGGUCCGCUGGCGCCUCGCGGAGGAGGAGGAGUCCGCUCCUCCCGCGAAACGUGGCUUCCUGGCGACGGUCCCGUUCCAUUUCCCCGAUCAAGAGCCCGACUUGGCCACCCGCGGCUUAGCAUUUGGUCUGGUCAGGUCCGUCAGCGUGGUGUUCAGUAUGCCUCUCGCCAAGACUGAUGCAGGAGCAGGAAGCAGAAAUCCAGUCGGGUUUCUGGCGGAGAUUUUGUGUUGCGGGUGUCGCCGCUGCUACAGGGCGACACCGCCGGAAGAUGCCCCGAGUCACAAGUUUGAGACGAUGAAAUUUGUCUACUUUGUGGAUGCGUCGAGCAUGUGGCGGCCGGUUCUAGUGUGGCUUGUGGGGAGGCUGGUGUACAUUUCCGGGUUAAAGAAAAAAAUUGUUUCUGUUGGGGACAAAGCCUCACACACAAUGUUGGUGUCAUCUGCAAAGACAGCCAUAGCAUGGUGCCCAUCCUAUAGGGGCAGUCUGCCAUUGUAUAGCUUCCCUGAGAAGUGCGGUGGGGAGUAUGCUGGGGUUAUCACUGGAAUUUAUUCGCAGGGUCUGGUGGUCGAGCUGGAUAACACUGCAUGGCUGCUGAUUGAUGAUCAGCAGCUUCCACCACCACAUUCCCUUCGAGUUGGUGCCAUUGUCUCUGUAAAGAACUUUCGAGCAACGUGUCUGAAUUUUGCUUGGACACGGAUUGUUCUGCUUGCAACAUGCUGUAAAACCUGCAUUACUGUAAAUUAUUUCUCCUCGGUGGACUCCAAAAUUCAUUUGAAGACAGAGAACAAGGGCCUCUUGGGAACAUUUGUUGACUCAUUGGAGAUGCCUGCUCGAUUUUGGAUGUUACUCCUGAUAUCAUGCUUUAAACAGAAGUUCACUAAAUUAUUUUCUGAUAAAGAAAUUUUGGGCUCACAAAAUAAGCAAGGAGUGGUUCAUGCCUAUGCUACUAAAAUUCUCCCGUCAAAGUGCCAACCCAAGGAAAGUUUAAUAAUGAAAUUCUGUAGACAUAAUUGUGGUAGCUUAUGCCUUGGAUCUAAAUUGGAGGGUUGCAAAUUGGCCAUACCAUUCUCUAAUCUAGUCUUCAAGGGUGAAUCAUUGUGGAUAUCAUCGAUGCUUAAAUUAUGGAAUGGUUCUGAAGAAGUGGGCAAGAGCCAGGGUUUCUUAUGCGAUGGUUUUUCCUAUACCAGCAGUACCAAAAGAUUAAUUUCGAGUGAAGAUCUGGAUUUUGUUUUAGUGGGAAGCAUCAAGACUUCUCCACUGUCAGGGAGACUGCAGUUGGUUGAUUCCACUGGAUGUAUAGAUAUUUUUAUACCUGAUCUUCCACCGAAUGAGAGCUUGUAUGGCAUCUAUGAGAUCGUCGAUUACAAACUAGCCCUUGAAGGCCCAGUGGCUUACGUAGACCAUUAUGAUGUUGCUGAUCCCCUGUCCUGCAAAGCUGUGUUUCAGAAGCUUCCUUACAAAAAAAGAUUGCAGCACCUCAAUAUUUAUGUUAUAGUUCAAUGGAGGGAAUUAAUUCAUAUUGGCCCUUCCUUGAGUAUUGCUUCUUAUAUUAAUUAUAGGGCCAGGUUGUUUCACCUGAUGAAGUUGUCCCACAUAUUUCCUGUGAACAGCAACAUUCAAUGUCAAAACAUGUCAGGGUCCCUGUAUGCUGAAGCUGUAAUACUUCCAUACGUUUUGAAGUUUAUUGGGCAAGGUGAAUUUCUUGAGGAUGCUGAGGGCUUUAUAAUGUCACACUCUACUUUACUAGGUGGUAAAGUCUCGAUAGAUUCUCAAGAUAGUCUUUGGAGCUUUGCCGUUACCAUUGAUGGUAAUAUAAACAUCAAGGGGCCAAUUGGGGAUCAAUCUAUUGAGGUAUAUAUCCGUGGAUACUCAAACAAACAUUCUACUGUUGGCAUAGGACCAGGGGCAACAGUGACAUUCCAUCGCGUCUGUUUGAAACAGCAUAGAUUAUUGUUAACCUCCGAGACAUAUAUUGAGGUUAGCUCCAUCAGCCAUGCUAACUUUACUGAACAAAGUGUUAUUUCGUCACCAAAGUCUAAUUGGUUAAAAGAUGGUUCACUUAGCACAGCUUCACUGUGCUUGUUCUUUCAUCAGAAGUAUUUUACAGACAGUAGACCCAUGCAAUUUCACUGCAGGGUAGCAACUGUCCUUGUGCUGGUAUUGAACAAAUCGACUAAUCAUGGUGAAACUCCAAACAAUGUUAUCACAUCAGCUCUAAACCCAGAUGAUAUAAAUGGGUUCAAUGUGGAGCUCCCUGUUCCAGUACAGAACAUGCGGAUGCUUUGGAUAGAAGAAGUUUUCCCAGUAGAUCCUUUGGAAGAAGCUCGCAGACUUUGUGAUAUUUUGGAACACAGCUAG